CCGACCAUAUCGGCUAYGAGCACGUUUUCGGCGUGUAUCUAUGUGAUGACGUGUAAAGCGAGUGAGCGAGCUAUACCUCGGGAACGGUUGUUCCAAAUGUAAAAAAAAUGACCAGGUGAAGACGGUGGAUGAUGUUCGCAGAUGAAUGGACCGACUUGGACGUAGACAGCAAACGCAAUAGUUUGUGCAAUACAGGAAGCUGUGAAUUUUUGUUAACUUGCUGGAUGGCUUCCGGUUACAUUGAGAGCACCUGUGGUGGCUUCCUGUACGUCUGUUGCGACCGAAAUUCCGCCAAAACGAACGAAAAUAUUGCUAUCAAUACUAACAGAGCGUCGGUGCCGGUCGACUAUGGGCCAGUGACUAACGAUCCCAGUUGUGGUGUUUCGGUGGCCAAGCAACAAGGAGCGCAAAGAAGAAUUGUUGGAGGUGACGAAGCUGGGUUUGGCAGCUUUCCAUGGCAGAACUGUMGACAAUAUGAGCUCGAAAACCGUCUURGCAAAAUUAUUUUYACUGAAAUCUUGCGUAUUGGUUCUAGACUGAGGCCAAAGACGCUGCAAGCCGUCGACGUGCCAAUCAUCGACAACAGGCAGUGCGAGAGGUGGCACAAGUCCAACGGCAUAAACGUUAUAAUCUACGACGAGAUGAUGUGCGCCGGUUACCGGGAAGGAUCGAAGGAUUCGUGCCAA